GGGUCCGGCGCCGCCCCGGCCCCCCCCCCUGAGGGCCCGAGACCUUUUCGCUCCUCCUGGGGGGCCGGCGCCCCCCCCCUCCCCCUGAGGGCCAAGACCUGUCGCUCCGCCUGGGGGUCGGCGGGCCCGCCGCCCCCGCCCGGGGCCCGAGACCUGUCGCUCCGCCUGGGGGUUCGAUUUCCGGGCGCUCCCCCCUGGGGGCACGAUCCUGUGCCCCCCCUUGGGGGGGACGUGCCUGUCGGGCCCCGGGGCCCGGGGGCACCCAUGCCUGUCGCCCCCCCCCUCGGGGGGCCCGAUGCCCCGUCGCCCCGCCUGGGGGCACGAUGCCUGCCGCCCGCCCCGGGGGCCCGGUCCUGCUGCUCCGCCCGGGGGGGCCCCGGGGCCUUUCUGCUCCGCCCGGGGGGCCCCGGGGGGGUGUGCUCCGGGCCCGGGGGGGCCCGGGGGCUUCUGCUCCCCCCCGGGGGGCCCGGGGGCCCGCUGCUCCCCCGUCCUGCCCGAUGUGCCUUGGGGCCCCCCCGGGGU